AUGCGAAUAUUCAUUGGCAUCCUAAUGGCACAGCAGAUAUGUGCAAGGCUUUCUUUUUCGCAGAUUGAGCGUAUAAACAGCAUGGUGUUCGAAGACGGCGCGGAGUCCAGAACGAUAAACACAACCGGCCCUCUUAACAUGGCGCGCGGGUAUAUAUAUCGCGAAAGAGGGUUUAUGCACAACAAGAGAUUCUUUUCACCUGAAAUCAGAACAGUGUACAGUGCAGGGCAUCUUGAGGACAGCGCUUCGGGGAAUGUUGUGCACACGUACGAAAGACACCCGGAGAAGGACAGUGUCUUUAGGUUCACGCAGAACAUGUACAUAGUAAAGCCGUACACAUUUGAAUACCACACUGCGCUUAUCUACAUGUUUCCGUCAGAAGACGGCGAACUCUCGAUUGAAACCAAGCAAGAGGACUCGUUUUUCAACUUCCUUCAAGAGAGGUCUGUCCGCGGGCAGGACAUGUACAUUCUUGCGUCGCUUCUGCUGCUGAGCGAGGGAGUGGAGGUAGACCUCGAGUAUGAGAAGGACACAAAGAAGAUAACUCUCUGGAAAAACAACGAAGACACACGUUUUUUUAAAGCGAAAAUGCAGACCCGCGCGAAAGCCCCGCAGCCCAAUGGCGCAGAGUUUGUCGAGCAAACCAAAGCAGCUUGCAUUAUCCAGUUCUUUAAAAACUACAGAAAAGCAGAAAGCCCGCCCUAUGCAGAAGAUGUGUUUGCGGAGGGAGGCUUUUUGAACAGCAUGCAAUUUCUGAUUCAGACAUAUCUGUUUGAGUACAUCUCUACAGAAGAGGACAUGCGCUGUUUUUGUAUGUGCCUGUGCAAAAUACUAGAGGACACAAUACUGUUUCUGGGCAGGAACUACAGCACGGAAGUCGCGCAGAGAAACGCAGUCGACGCGUUGAAUAGAUGCUUUGCGGUGGCUGGCAAACACCCAGACCCUCUGCUUAGCGGAGUAAAGGCAAUUUGCGAGUUUAAAGAAGCAGCCGGGUUUCCGUUUAUACAGGAAAGCCAGAUGAACACCGAUGUGCCGGUGCAGGAGCAUGGCGCUACGGCUCAGGGGCUGGGCGUGGAAAGAUUGAGCUGCAGUAACAGUGUGGAAAUGUGCAUAUACUUCUUGCUAUGCAGCAUCAUAUACGACAAACAAACGAAAAGCUUCUGUCUGGACAGAAUUCCUAACGCCUCAGAAGAAAUGCAGAUGUUUUUUCAUCUGUACAGCGAGCCUGAAAAAACAGUCGGCAUUGAGAUGCAGAAAAGUUGGGGUGCUGUUUUUUCAAGCCUGGCCUGCGAAAGCAUUGUGUACCGGGAGAGCGCAAUCCAGAAAGAGCGCACGCUGCAUGCAGGCUUUCUGAACAUGCUUCUGGCGAUUUAUGAGAUAACAGGGCGGCUUGCCUGUGAGCAGGGGAAGCUCCUCGCAAUCCAGAAAAGGCUAAAGCAAAAUGUAAACCCGGGCAUAAAAGCCAUCAAAGAAAUUAUUGGCCAUAUUGAAAACAUGAUUUCUGACUUUUCAGGAAGCCCUGGAGCGUCUGUAGUGCUUCAGCACCCUAUUAGCAAGCCCGGGAUAGACGGGGGGCUUGACGUUUAUGGCACCCUUGUGAUUUUAUUUAAUAGCGGGGAGGCUUGGACCAGAUUUGAGCUUAGCAUGCUUCAUGAAGACGGCAGCGCCGGCAGGCCUGGGCCCGCCGGGGUGAAAAUAGACUCAAACAGGCUGGACUGCUUGAAUAAAGCGGCCGCCCGGGUUUCUCAAAUAAUGGAGGGCGAUUUAAUGCGCGAAUCGUUUUCAGGCAGCCUGCUUAGACACUAUGCAACAACGCAUAUUGACGGAUUCCAGAGAAGCAGCCGGAAGUACUUAGAAAACACAAUUUGCCUAGCAAAAAAUAUAGUGAGCGGCUCUAAAAGCAUGAAUGCGUUAUUUGUCAUGGAAAAAAUAGAAUGUUGGAAGAAAAAGGACGUUAUAGCUGCAGUUUUUCUGGCAAACUAUAGAGAAAGCAGGAGCUGCCUCAAAAACCCGCACAUCUCUAUUUUAAGGAUGGUUCAUAACGUAAUAGGAAGCGUUUCCCUUGGGCACAGAGUUGCAUAUUGCACUCUCCUAUGCAUUCCUAUACUGUUAGGGGCGCAGGAGGAUUUGCCUCCAAGCAUAGCCAUUUCGGAUCUGCAACAAGCAGAGGCAUUUAAGGACCUCAGCUUAAAUGACACUCGAAUAUACAUCAUUGCGCUUCUCAAAUGCCCGUCAGUUAUGCUGGAGGCCUUUUAUACAUGCUCCAGAAAAGCCUGCGACUUUUGGAUCGCCAGCGGAAGUGCAAAAUCCAUCAAGCCUUACAUCUUGCAUGCAGUGUUUGAGUGUCUGUUCAAAAAAGGGGACAUGGCCGCAGCUUGCGAGCUUUCCGAGCUUAUUUUGCAGGACAACCGCGAGCAAGCGCAGGUCUUGGACCAAGAGCUUCGAGAGGCUUGGGCUUCCAUUUCCAGCGGCAUGCAGGAUAUUUCUCAGGAGUUGGCAUACGCCAUACACAUAUUUGCAGAAAGCGGAAAAAGCCGAUUUUCGGAAUAA